GUCGGUCGUGUGUCAGUCAGGUGAGGAGACAGUGAGUGAGGGAGUCAGUCGAGCAAGCGAGCGAGUCAGCGAGUGAGGGUGUGGGUCAGUUGGGGUCGUAGGUGGCCUGCUGCUGUUCGUGGCAAAAGGAGUAGUAGCACAUGUCGUGACACAACCGCUGAGCAGCGUGAAUCGACUCGGCGGUGCCUGCACACACACACAGAACAACAAAGACAGUCCUUUCCCUCCCUCCCUCUCUUGACAUGUGUCCGUGUGCUUGUGUGUGGUGUGCGUGCGGUGCGUACCUCUUAGCCUGAUCCAGUAGAGGUGUGGCGCUGAUCGGUCGGGCUUCAGGGGAGGGGCGAUGUGACACGUCUGCACCAAUGUCUGCAAUGCAGAUCGACAACACGCACACAUCGUCCGUCAUCCACACCAUGCAGUGGUAGUAGUAAAUGGUGUGGGUCACGUCAGUCACGUACCUUAAUGGUGUCGUGGUAUUCCUGCAAGAUCUCGAGCUGCGUCCUCGACACGAGCAGCUCCACACACUCGGACGAACGGUCACUCACAACACCUGACAGUGACAUACACACACACAUACAAAAAUGUAUAACAUGACAAUUAGAAGAGACAACAAAGCACGCAAAUGAGCGGUGUCGGCAAGCACACCAGUCUGAUCAGAGCAGCUCAGCUGCCAGGCUGCACUUCUGUCUGAGCAUCAUCUUUGCAUUGGCAGCGUCGCUGACUGUCAAUGACACUGUCCUCCCCUUCCUCACCAUCGGUGGGUGUGGCCAUUCGCCGCAGCAGGAAUCCUUGGCGAGAGCGUGUGCGCCCAGGCGUCGCACCAGCCUCCAUCGUGGCGAGUCGAGGGAGCGCGGCGGAUCACGCGCCACGGGAAACUGAUUACAUACGUCGAAAGCCGCAGCGCGAGCGGAGAGGGGAGAAGGGAAUGAAGAGGGAGCGGCGCGGCGAGAAG